GCUUUACCUCACGUAGUGCAGACAGUCUUGUACACAUCAACAUCUCACUGGAGAGUUUACCAGUAUACACACCUAGCUUUGUGGGCCGUCGUUUGUAAAUUAGUACAGAGCACAUCAGCUGGCCAGUACUAUGGAAAGAUUGAAUAUUCUGAAUCCAAAUGUGGCCUGUCGACAAGGCCAGACCAGCACGUCAGGGCGCAUCGAUCUUGGCCGCUGCAGUACUCGGAGGAAACCGUCCCUGCGUGGCUUUGCCGUGGUAAGGAACGAUACGAUAGGUGAAGUCACACUGUUGGACUACGGUGCGGGAAACGUGCGAAGCGUCCGCAACGCCAUCAAGAAGCUUGGCUACAACCUGAAAGAGGUCACCACAGCUGCUGACAUACUUAGCGCAGAACGGCUCAUCUUCCCUGGGGUGGGAGCCUUUGAGCAGGCAAUGGGAGUCCUCACCAGGAAGGACUUCGUCGAUCCCCUCAGAGAGUACAUCCAGGCUGGGAGGCCAUUUCUGGGUAUCUGUCUGGGCAUGCAGCUACUGUUUGAGGGGAGCGAUGAGAAUGGGGGAGUGGAGGGUCUGGGUAUAAUUCCAGGCCGCGUGACCCAGUUUGACACCUCGCUGGGCCUGCCCGUGCCCCACAUCGGCUGGAACACCCUCGAACAGAGGCAGCAGGGGAGGCUGCUGAGCCAGGUGGGGGACAGGAGGGUGUACUUUGUGCACUCCUACCGAGCCACGCCCUCCCCCGAAAACGCAGACUGGGUGCUCGCGACCUCCCACUACGGCGAGGACUUCAUCUCAGCCGUGCAGAAGGGCGAGGUCAGCGCGACGCAAUUCCACCCAGAAAAGAGCGGCGCUGCCGGCCUGGCCGUCAUCCAGUCCUUCAUGGAGGAGUCACCCCAGUACAUCCCCCCCAGCUCCAACGCAGGUGCUGCUCGCGGCUUGGCGAAGCGAGUGAUAGCGUGCUUGGAUGUGCGGGCCAACGACGCUGGUGACCUGGUGGUGACUAAGGGUGACCAGUACGAUGUGCGCGAGACCGACGGCGAGGGCAGAGAGGUGAGGAAUCUGGGGGCGCCUGUGGAGCUGGCGGGGCGCUACUUCAGGGAGGGCGCUGACGAGGUCACCUUCCUCAACAUCACCGGGUUCAGGGACUUCCCCCUGGGCGACCUCCCCAUGCUGGAGGUGCUGCGGCGGGCGUCGGAGGGGGUGUUUGUGCCGCUGACGGUGGGAGGCGGCAUCCGGGGGUUCACGGAUGCGCAUGGCAAGCGCCACAGCGCGCUCGACGUGGCCGCCGAGUACUUCCGCUCCGGCGCCGAUAAGGUGUCCAUCGGAGGGGACGCCGUUGAAGCCGCACUCGAGUACCUCGCCAGUGGCGUUAAGACAGGCCAGACCGCCAUCGAGCAGAUCUCCUGGGCGUACGGCGCGCAGGCGGUGGUGGUCUCGAUCGAUCCGCGGCGCGUGUAUGUGGCCGACCCGGCCGACACGCAGCGGCCGACGGUGGAGACCGCGAUCCCGGGGCCGGCUGGGGAGCGCCACUGCUGGUGGCAGUGCACUGUCAAAGGGGGCCGCGAGGGGCGCGACAUCGACGCUGUCGAGCUGGCCAGGGCCGUGCAGGAGCUGGGCGCUGGAGAGAUCCUGCUCAACUGCAUCGACCGCGAUGGCAGGGGAGAUGGCUUUGACCUGGAGCUGGUGGAGGCAGUGUCCUCAGCAGUCACCAUCCCUGUGAUCGCCUCCAGCGGAGCGGGCUCGCCAGAACAUUUCCAGGAAGUGUUCGAGGCGACCGGAGCGGCCGCCGCGCUGGCCGCCGGGAUUUUCCACCGCAGGGAAGUGUCCAUAGAGGACGUGAAGACCCACAUGAGCGCCUCUGGCAUACCCACGCGGACUGCCUGA